UAACCUCGAAAGUGUUAAUAUUUCCCUCACUGUAUUUUACUUAUUUUCCCAAUAAAAUAUCAUUUACUAACUAUGUAGUGAACAAAAUAUGACGAAGAAAAGCUCACCGCGCAACAAAGAAUGGGAGAAAGACAGGAGAGACAGACUGAACAAGACAUUCGAUAGUCUGGCCAGGAAGUUGCCUCAGUAUGAUCCAAGCUCACCAUUCAGUAAAAUUGAGAUUCUGCAGAGGACCAUCUCCUUCAUCGAGGAACUGCAGAAGAAGCAGAAGGACCUGCUUCUCUCAGAAUGUGAUAAAGUCCUCUUGAAGGAACGGGAAGAAUUUGAGCAGAAUAUCAAUGUGCUGAGGAGUAGAAAUAGUCAACUGGCAGAACUUCUUCGACAGGCUGGCAUUACAAUUCCCAAUUUCAAGGCACAGAAGUUUGCAGGAAACCUCUCGGAUAAGCAAAUUGAGUCGCUUCUAGAGGAGAACAAUGCCAAUGGGUUGAAUGUGAAGCCCGAGAAGCAGAAGAAGUACUCAAACAAACUGUCCUCAGAGCAAAUUUCAAAGGUGGUGAAAGAGAAUGAGGAUAAGGGUCGAAAAAGUGCCAAGAAGUUUUCCAAGACGAAGACAAGUCCUGAGAAAGUGGAUAAAAAACCAGCAAGAAGUAAGGUUUCAAAGGCGAAAGAGAAGAAUGCUGAGGAAAAACCACCUGUAGCUGUCUCAUUAGCAACAACUGCACUUUCUUCGGCACUCGUGAGCUUCACAGAAGGGCAGAAGGCAGCAAAAACCACCACAAUUAGUGCAAUAUCUUCCAAAAAUGUCACAAUCACCCAUACGAGUCUCACGAGACCUAUUAUGGCUACAGGGCUUUUCCUGCCAGUGCCAGUGGUUCAGGCACCAGCGCAGCCACUGCUUAUUGUAAAUACUGGCCGCGUUCCGGCUCCAAUUGCCAAAGUGAAUCCGAAGAUUGGAAAGAGAAAGGGCAAAGGACGAUGGUUACAAAUUCAGCCGCAUCCAGUUCCGGCGAGAAUUCCCUUUGGAAAAAUUCCAAUUCCAGCACUGAAGAGCAACUUCAUCAAGAAGAAAAAGCGCAUCAUGAGGAAGCGAAUUUGUGUGAAAGAUGAUAAAACACCUGCGAAGAAACGGAAAGUUGGUGUAAAAAGAAAAUCAGAGGAGAAAAUCGAGAAGAUAAGUAAGAAGUCAAAAUCGGAGACGACAAUGGAAAAAGAUAAUGGGAAGAUUGAUUCAAGGAAAACGCCAGAAGAUAAAAUUGAAGAGGAACAAAAGAGUAGAGACAAAAUUGAGAAGACAGUAACUGAAAUAAUUACUGAACCUCAAGACAUCUCGGCUCCUCUGAGUCACUCAGAUCUAUCCAAUGACAUAUUUGCAAGUCUUCAAGUGCCUUCCGGAGGAUCAAAUACCGGCUGUUUGUCUCCUACGGCAGCGUUCCUGAUGACAUUCCCUGUUGUCUCAUCGGCUGGCGGCGGAAAGAAUCCGGAAACAGUUAUGUCUGAGGAUUCUCCGGGGAAUUCUGGGAAUGUAACCAAUCAAGCGGUGGAAACAGGCAAGGAAGAUCAGGAGGCGGAAAAUAGCAGUGUACUUUUGGAUAACUUAUCAUCAUUAUUCGGAACCAGGGAUGACUACACUGGUCUCUAUUCGACUGAGAAUCUGGAGAAGACUCCUCAAAAGCAUUCUGAGAAAAUUUCAACGGAUUCUGCUGUGGUACCCAAUCCUAUUCGCAUUAGAACAGACAUGGGAGCUAUUCCACAGAAGACCAUGGACACUCAAAUACCGACAUCCUUCACAGAGACCUUUUCGUCAUUUGACUACAGUCUAUCGAACAACUGUGGAAGCAAGAUCAAUUCAAGUGUCUUUCCCAGCUACACCGCAAUACCUUUGCUUCCGGAAAUGGCUCCCGUCGUGAGCACUACAAAUGCCACAAAGUGUGAAUUCACGUUCAGCCUGACAAAGACCUCUUCAACUGCUCCUUGUUCAUCUUACAAGGCAGACACUCUCUACAAUCCCUUCUCUUUUGCCUCAACAUCCAGCAGCAAUUCGGUGAUUAAUUCAUCCUGUCCACCAGUUCCGCCAAUGGACACGAACCUUGGCUUGCCGCUGCCGCUUAACAUCUCUUCGUCGAUCUACUCCAAUGUUCAGGAUGAUGUUUCCAACAAGACUCAGGGAAGCUUCACAUUCUCCUUGACUAACACAACAUCAGCACCGAGUUACUAUUCAAAAUCCUCAACGAAUCUCAACAUCUCUUUCCCGGGAAAUGACUCAUACAAUACCUACAAUCCCUUUUCCUUCAACGAUCCCGUGGGGAUCAAGCAAACGAGUGACACUAGUACGAAUUUCUCCUUCUGCCUAACCAGCAGCACUGGCAAAACUGCUCCCAUUUACACAUCAACUUCCUCAUACAACACCCUGAAUCCCUUCUCCAUUGAUGCCACCUUGCAGACAUCUAAUUAUCGGCAGCAGAACUUUGAAAGUGCCAAAAACUAUCAGUUCUACCCGAGUCAAGGGCAGAAGCAGCCCAGCCAGAAACCUCAAUCGAAUAAGUAUCAGCAGAAAGACGCAUCGCGGACACAAAAUGUUCAGCAACAUCAGAAAUCUCCUGCGAAGAAGACCCAAAAUCAACAGUCAAAGUAUCACAAUGUCAAUUGGAUGACCAAUUCGGACUACCAAGGAAAGAGCAAUGACUUCCACAUUCCUCCACCUCUGGAUUUCACACACACACCCAAUCACGCAGCUUCGACUUUUACAUAUCCUCCACCUCCGCCUCCGACACUCGGAACCAUCGACCUCAAGAGCAAGUCGGAUAUAUUCUUCGCUCAUCCUCCCGAAGAGAGCUUCUCGUGGUCCCCUAACAAACUGUCUAAUGUCUUGGAACCGCCAGCUAUCCAUAAUUACAUGCCUCAAACGGCUUUGCCCACUCUCCAUGGGGAUCUGGCAUUGAGCACAACCACUCCGUCAGCGGUGAUUUCGCAUGAGCCCCAGAAGGAGAAGAAUCCUGUUCAGAACAGUCUUGAAGGCUAUCAAGAACAACAGCAGCAGCAACAGCAGCCAGGAAACUUCCUUUCUGUGAGUCAACUUCUCGUGGAACAAAAUAAGAAGGGAAAGAAGACAAAGCAGAUCAAAAAUGUCGAUGAUACCGCAAGGAAAUCAAUGAAGCAAGAAAAGAAGCAAUUCCACUGCAUGAAUCCUCCAGGAAAUUACUCGGAUCAGACGCUCAACUAUUCGGAUACUGUCAGAGGGAAUCAGUACUCAAAUAUUUACUCUGCUGAGUCUCUCAUUGGCUACAACAGCAAGAAGGACAAGGCGAGUGGACAACAAAACUAUCAUCAGGCAUCUCUGGACUUACCUUCGUCAGGAGGAAAUCUCUUUCCUGGGAUCGAACUCAACAAUGACAUCAACUACAACAGCAAUAUUCUCUUCAAUCCACCAACGAGCAGCACUUUCGUUCCUCCGCCUCAGAACUGCAUGUCAAUGUUCCCUGAGAAUGAUUUCUAUGAUUACUCAGGCAAGGCGGGAGGACCUUCGAAAUCUGGACAGCAACAGAAUGCCUACUAUUUCAACAAGUCCCAUCAAAAUGGUCUGCCGCCGAUGGACUAUACUGCCCACAAAGGUGACGCUAAGGCUACAAAUUCACCAUCUUUUCUGGGAAAUAAGUUCAACAACGUCCAAUCGACGUCCGUGGUGAAGACCAAAAAGACGCCAAGUGCCAAGAUACCUGACUUCUAUCCACCACCUCCUCCGCCGCCGUCAAUCCACCCAAACAUCGGCAACUACGACUCUUCGGUGCCGUCCUCAAAUUACUUCUCCGUGCCACUGGGCGUGAAUUCUCCCCAUUUGCCGCCUGCCGAAGAACCAUUUCACCUGCAUUUGAACUACUCAAAUACCCUGAAAACUCUGGCGCCCAGCAAUUCGUCGCUGUACUUACCGGAGGGUUCGAAUGUAUCUAAUCCCAGCAACUCCUUGACAAAUUUCCACCUCAGUUCCAUAUGUCCUGAGAUCAAUGACAAAGUGAGACAACAGAAUUGGUAAGAUA